UUAGGACACUCAUCAAUUAAAUCCGUUGGCUUCGACAAAAGCGAACUUAACGUCGUUUCCUUUUUAUCACCUUCUACAGAUCCCCACACCUCUCUCUCUCUCUCUCUCUCUCUCUACAACACCAUUCUCAUUACUCUAGGGCUCUCAACCACCACAGACAAAAUUGAAAUAGCAAUUUCAAAUGUGUGUGAUACAUUCAAUUUAAAUCAAAUCAAAUCAUCACCUAAUGUUCUAUCUCUAGGGUUUCAAUUUGGCUGUGUUUGAGGGAAGGUAGGUAAUCAGUGACCACUAUGGGUCUCUGCACUUCCAAACCCUCCCUUGAACCAAAAAAUAUCUCCGGUGAUCGUCAACCAGUGAAGAACAACAAUGGCACUACCCCGGCGAGGGACAGCUCAAAAUCGGUUCAUAAUGGCGAAAACCCCAAAAAUGAGGGAGAGAAGAAGAAGGAAGAAGUUGAGGUAGGUAAAAAAUCGCCCUUCUUUCCGUUUUACAGUCCGAGUCCUGCACACUACUUGUUCUCGAAGAAGUCUCCGGCGAGAUCUCCGGCGAAUGUGAGCUCGAACUCGACGCCGAAGCGGUUCAUCAAGCGGCCAUUUCCACCGCCGUCGCCUGCGAAGCAUAUUCGGGCGCUGUUGGCGAGGCGGCACGGCUCGGUGAAGCCGAAUGAGGCGGCGAUACCGGAGGGGAAUGAGGUGGAGGGCGGGGUCGCCGGAUUAGAUAAGAGUUUUGGGUUUUCUAAGCAUUUCGGGAACAAGUAUGAACUCGGAGACGAGGUGGGAAGGGGCCAUUUUGGGUACACUUGUAAGGCCAAGUUCAAGAAGGGUGAGCUUAAGCGACAAGAGGUUGCGGUCAAAGUCAUCCCAAAAGCAAAGAUGACCACUGCUAUAGCCAUUGAAGAUGUGAGACGUGAAGUAAAAAUAUUGAGAGCUUUGACAGGGCAUAACAACCUUGUACAAUUUUAUGAUGCAUAUGAAGACCAUGAUAACGUCUAUGUUGUGAUGGAGUUAUGUGAAGGUGGGGAGCUUUUGGAUAGAAUACUCUCAAGGGGUGGGAAAUACUCGGAAGAUGAUGCAAAAGUUGUCAUGGUACAAAUUUUGAAUGUUGUUGCAUUUUGCCAUCUCCAGGGUGUGGUACACCGGGAUCUUAAACCAGAGAAUUUCUUGUUUACGUCCAAGGAUGAAAACUCACAACUAAAGGCCAUUGAUUUUGGUUUGUCAGAUUUUGUGAAGCCAGACGAAAGGCUUAAUGACAUUGUGGGCAGCGCAUACUAUGUCGCCCCUGAAGUUUUACACAGAUCUUACAGUACGGAGGCUGAUGUAUGGAGUAUAGGUGUUAUAGCAUAUAUUCUGUUGUGUGGCAGCCGUCCAUUUUGGGCUAGAACUGAGUCUGGAAUAUUUAGGGCCGUUCUUAAAGCCGAUCCUUGUUUUGAUGAACCACCUUGGACUUCUCUGUCUUCCGAGGCAAAGGACUUUGUGAAACGCCUACUGAAUAAGGACCCGCGGAAAAGAAUGACUGCUGCUCAAGCCCUAAGUCAUCCAUGGAUUAAAAAUAAUGACGACAUAAAAGCACCCGUGGAUAUACUGAUUUUCAAACUCAUGAAGGUCUAUAUGCGUUCAUCUUCUCUUCGGAAAGCUGCUUUACGGGCUCUGUCUAAAACAUUGACAGUCGAUGAGUUAUCUUAUUUGAAGGAGCAGUUUGCCCUAUUGGAACCGAGCAAAAAUGGCACGAUAAGCUUGGAAAAUAUCAAAGCGGUCUUGAUGAGAAAUGCUACGGAUGCUAUGAAAGAAUCCUGUGUCCAUGAUUUUUUAGCAUCACUUAAUGCACUCCAAUACAGAAGGAUGGAUUUUGAGGAAUUCUGUGCUGCUUCAUUAAGUGUCCAUCAGCUUGAGGCUCUUGAUCGAUGGGAGCAACAUGCUCGUUGUGCCUAUGAACUUUUUGAGAAGGAUGGAAACAGGGCUAUUGUGAUUGAUGAACUGGCUUCGGAGCUAGGCCUUAGCCCAUCUGUCCCUGUUCAUGCCGUGCUGCAUGACUGGAUUAGGCACACGGAUGGAAAGCUGAGUUUCCUUGGGUUUGUCAAACUGUUGCAUGGUGUUUCUAGCAGGUCACUUACAAAGACUCGAUAAUACACGGUUGUCCAAAUUUCUUGUUACUUUGUGCUGCAACAGCCAAUAAAGAUGUGGGCAAGAGGUGUUGAUGACACUCCUCAGGCCUUCAUUUUUCCAGAGCUUUUCAUCAAGUUCAACUAUGGCAGCAAGGUUCAUAUUUUGGACUAGUAUCAGGUUCACGGCACAAGCUUGUCUGCACCAUUACCAUAGGGGCAGGAUUGGAUUUGCAAAUGUUGUGCUAUGUCAGUGAUGAAGCCCAUGCUCCUUUGCGUCCCACUGUAAAUUUGUAGUUAAAUUUGUGUAUGAUUGCAGGUGAGAACAUUUCUCAACUGGUUAUUGGACUUUUAUACCUGAUUUCCUGAUAUAUGAGACUGGUCUGGCCUGUCAGCAAUUGCCCUGUAUCAUCUGCUGUGUUUUGGUAUCUUUUAAUCAAAAGAGAUCUCUUACUCAA